ACUGGUUCGGUUUAUAUUGUCCGCCAUAUUGGAACGGGGAAAAAUGGCCGAGACAACUCAGAUGUUGUCGUUUCAUGAGUUAUUUUUCAACGUAGAUAGUGGUUAUCUUGAGGGUUUGGUCCGAGGAUUUCGAUCAGGAAUCUUAAAUCAAAGUGAUUACCUCAAUUUGUCUCAAUGCGAAACGCUGGAAGAUCUGAAGCUACACUUGCAAAGCACAGAUUAUGGAAAUUUUCUUCAAAAUGAGGCUGGUCCUUUGAAUGUGUCAGUUAUUGAUGACAGACUGAGGGAGAAGUUGGUCACAGAGUUUAGGCAUUUACGCAACCAAGCUCUUGAACCAAUGGCAACUUUUAUGGACUUCAUUACGUAUAGUUACAUGAUUGACAAUAUCAUUCUGUUGAUCACUGGAACACUGCAUCAGCGACCCAUAUCAGAACUGGUCCCCAAAUGUCAUCCCUUGGGUAGCUUUGAGGAAAUGGCCUCCAUCAAUAUUGCAUCCACUCCUGCAGAGUUGUACAAUGCUGUUAUGAUUGACACUCCUUUAGCACCAUUUUUUGUGGAAUGCAUUUCUGAACAGGACUUAGAUGAGAUGAAUAUUGAGAUUAUCAGAAACACAUUGUAUAAGGCAUACCUUGAAGGCUUCCACAAGUUUUGUGAAGAUUUAGGUGGAACAACAGCAGAUGUCAUGUGCCCAAUUCUUCAAUUUGAGGCUGAUCGUCGAGCUUUCAUUAUCACCAUCAAUUCCUUUGGCACUGAACUUGGUAAGGAUGAUCGUAACAAGCUUUAUCCCAAGUGCGGCAAGCUGUACCCAGAGGGACUGUCUAGGUUGGCCAGAGCCGAUGAUUAUGAACAAGUCAGAGCAGUGGCAGAUUACUACUCGGAUUACAAGUCUCUCUUUGAAGGAGCUGGUACAAAUCCUGGUGAAAAGACACUGGAAGAUAAAUUCUUUGAGCAUGAGGUGAAGAUGAACACUCUAGCAUUCCAACAGCAGUUCCAUCUGGGUGUGUUUUAUGCCUAUGUCAAGCUAAAAGAACAGGAGUGUCGCAAUAUCGUAUGGAUAGCUGAGUGCAUUGCUCAGAGAAAUAAAUCCAAAAUUGAUAACUACAUUCCAAUAUUUUAAACUUGCAAUACUUCUGCCAUCCUUGUGUGGCUGUGAUCUACCAAAAUGAAAUUAGAAAUUGUAAAGUUUGUUUAAUUAUGGUUGGUACAUGUUCAUAAUUUAGACUUUAACCCUUUAACUCCCAGAGGUGAUUAAAAUGUAACUUCUCCCUAAAUUAUCCAUAUAUUAUCCAGCAAUUAGUUAAUGAGAAUAUUCAAACUUAUCAGGUAGAAGUUGUUAUCUUGAUCUAGUACCAAAUUCUUGCAAUUAAUUUACAAGGAAAUGUGUAGUAGCUAGCAGGGAGAAUUCUCAAUCAGAUCUUGGGAGUUAAAGGGUCAACAGGAGAGUGUAGAAUACAGUUAUAUAUUUUCAUUUUCAGUUUAUAGUGUUUUGAGAGCAUACGUUUGACAGUGACAACAGAAAUUCUGAAGAAUGCGACGUAUUUCUGUACCCCAAAUUAUUAUGUAAUACGUAUUUAUGAUUAUAACAUGACCAGCAAUUAUGUAAAAAGACUCAGAAUCGGGUACUGCAAGGAAUGCCGGGAGUCUAGUAUACUGAGAUAAAGGAUACUUGAAAGUGAAAUGAUGGGGAGUUCAACCGAACAUUACAGUGGAAUAAUCAUAGCUACUUAUCAUGGAGGAGGUUGAUUCAAAUCUGCUACAGAUUAACAGAAGCGGAGAGUUGAAAACACUUCAAAGUAUUCCAAGAAUAUUUUAUUUUUCUUAGGUUUUAAGCCGAAAAGUUCGACAGGAACACAUGUAGGUAAAUAUCGGUUUUUGUCUCGUAUGCAGAGCCCUUCCAAGCAAUAAUUAAUCUCUUGAGUUUUCUCAGGCUCUCUUCUCGUUUCCGUUGAAAAACAUUUUUUGUUCCAUCGUUCAGUCAAACAGAUGGACAUACGUAACUUAGAUGGUAAGUUAUGGCUGCCAUAAACGUACGAACCGAAUUACUUGAUUUAAAAUGAAUAGUAAACAAUUCGUCGAUAUUACCAUAAAUCAGGCAAAGAAGCUCAAAUAAAAAAAGUGGCAUGU